AUGGCCGACACUGAGGACCCGACAACCCAAAUAGCCUGGCCUUCAAGACGUCACAAUGACCCUUCACCAGAGACGAGGGACGAUUCCGGGAUCCAGCAUGAGGAAAUCGAAUCAGCCAAGCAGGUGGAGACAACGUCGACAGCAAGGAGACGGCUCUCUACAUGGGACCUUAUAACGCUUAGUGUCGCCAUGCUGGGCGCCCAAAUUGCCUGGACAGUCGAGCUAGGAUAUGGGACACCCUUCUUGCUGGGAUUGGGCAUCUCUGAGCAGCUGACGUCGCUUGUCUGGCUCGCUGGGCCCAUCAGUGGCCUCGUCGCGCAACCCGUUAUUGGCGCUAUCUCGGACUCGUCAACGUCCAAGUACCGUCGGCGCUUUUGGAUUGUAUCCUCGACGGUCGUCCUCGUUUUGACCACCCUUGUGCUCGCCUAUUGUGAAGCCAUCGCUGCCUUCUUUGUCGAUCUUUUUGGGGUGGGCGCCGGAGAUUGGGACGGGCAGCGCAACAGACAAGCUGUGAACGUGGCCAUCGGUUUCGCAGUGACCGCAUUCUAUCUGUUAGACUUUGCCCUCAACGCGCUUCAGGCCUCUCUGCGGAACCUUCUUUUGGACGUCGCUCCAGCCUCUCAAUUGAAUGCUGGCAAUGCCUGGCAUGGUCGCAUGACCCAUGCUGGCAACAUUGUUGGAUUCGGAUUUGGAUUCUUUCCCUUGGCCAAGCUGCCCUUCCUGCAGAUAUUCGGGGGGAGCCAAUUCCGCAAGUUUUGCAUCCUGUGUAAUAUCAUACUCACCGUCACUGUGUUCAUCACAUGCUAUUGUCACGAAGAGCAAGAGCGUCCUGCCACCACCAAACAAUCUGGAAAACUCCGCGAAAUACUCGACAACAUAUAUACGGCAAUCAUCAAGCUUCCCAAAGCUAUCCGGCGCGUGUGUUAUGUCCAGCUCUUUGCGUUCAUGGGAUGGUUCCCGUUCCUCUUUUAUUCCACCACAUAUAUUGGGCAGGUCAUGGCCCGUGAGAUUGGCCAGGAACCUGACCGUGAUGUUGCAGCACGGCGUGGGGAGUUAGCAAUGCUUCUGUAUAGCGUUGUGUCUGUGAUUUCGGGCACUGUUCUCCCUCACUUGGCUAGCAGGGAUCGCAGACUGAUGGCGCACAAGCAGGAUGUUGACGAAGACGCUGAACUCACUCGCAUUCGAAAUACAGUUCGUGAAUGGCAGAUGGAAGCCGCACGCAAACGCCGACCGCUGCGUCUGCCUAUGAUGCCCUUUUUACUCCGGAACAUCUGGACGGGUGCAAUGCUAUGGUUUAGUCUUCUGACGUUUUCAACAUUUUUUAUUACCGAUGUUAUACAGGCAUCUAUAUUUGUGGCCCUCGUAGGUGUAUCCUGGGCCGUGGCAAUGUGGGCGCCGUUCGCCAUCAUAAUGGAGGUAGUUCCCCUUCAGCUAUUGAAAGACAUGUCUUCGCCGCCGGCGCCCAUUAGGUCACAUACCCGUACUCUAUCAACUCCUCCGCGAAGGAUCGUCUCCGAGCGUCAGCCUUUGCUUCGCACUCGAUCCCUGGACGAAUUUGAAGCGGAUGAAGAUGAAGUACCGUCCGAAACUCCAGUUGCGGGAGGGACAAUCCUCGGUGUUCACAACUUGGCCAUUGUGAUGCCGCAGUUUGUGAUCUCGUUGGUCUCGAGCUUCAUAUUCCGAGUUGUGGACAAGGGUGCCGAUAACGACCCCUCCAAUGUCUUUUACGGAAAGAACGGGGUAGUUUGGGUGCUUCGUUUUGGGGGACUCUGUACAUUAGCUGGUGCGAUGAUCGCCCGGAUGGUGCCUCCGACUCCUACAGAGAAGGCGAUGAGGCGGAGACUCGGAGAGAUGAAGUUGCUUCAAACGACUGAGGCUGCGUAA